AUGACCGUGUCGUUCCAGAUGACCGCCGAGGCCGUGCUGCGAUUGGUCAACGACCCGGUCCUCCCCUUCUACCCUCUGGACAUCGCGCUGGACGUCCAGAACAAACUCAAAGGUGACAGCCGCACCCCCCCGGCCCUCCUUGCGGCCGCGUCCUCCCUCAGAGACAGCGCCACCUUCCUGCAGUCGGAGGCCAUGCGGCCCGCCAACGACCCCAAGGAGAGAGAGCCGGCCCACGUGCGCAUGCUGAACGACGUCCUCCGAGACCUGGAGAAGAGCUUCCUGUCCCCGCAGCCCCCUCCUGGGGUGUACAGGAACCUGCUGUACAGCCUUCCAGGGGCGGGCCCUCGCUUCUCCAUCCUGAGGUUCGCCAUGGAAACACCCGGACCGUCCAGCAACCAGGCGGUCGACCAGGCGGUCAACCAGUCUCUGUCCCACAUAACCAGCUCCAUCAUUUAUGCCCAGAGACUCAUCAGCAGCGGCCUCGACCUCUUCGAGAACAACCCCGAUGACACCAUUUGACCUCUGACCCCUGGCCUCCAGGACACCUCAGUUUGACGACAGGUUGUUCUGUGCUGUGCACCUGUGAGCUUGUGGAUGUCAGUGACUCUGGUGCUGGCACAGAAGCCAUUUUCCCCCUGAAAACUAUAUUUAAACAGCAAGAUACAGAAGGCCUUGAAAAGAGACUGCACUUAAAAGUGAUUAGGUCGGACUUCUGGUUGAAUUGACCCUGGUUGCUCAGAGCUCCUAUGGUGGAAAUGGCCUUUGAAACGUUCAUCAUUGGGGGCCGAGCAGCGAAGCUGCGGAGCUACUUAACCCUUGUGUUAUUUUCGGGUCAUUGUGAACCUUCAGUCUUUGUGACCCCCCCACAUGUUGCGACAACUUGACCUCAUACAAAAAGAAAGUGAGCAUUUUUUUUUUACCGUUGGGCUGUUUCACACCCCCCACAGCACGAAGGUAAAAAGAAAAUUGAUUUUAUUUGAUUUUUGAUUGGGUAAAGUUGUGGCAGCACAACAAUGGGUCGCACAAGGCAGCACAAGUGUUGCGUUUCUACGUUUUUUUACUAUUAUUAUUAUACAUCUUUUUCCGCCAUUGGAGUCUAUGGCAGCCAGAGGCGGCUGGUGAAAAUUAUUCUAGGUGGGGCUGUGAAAUAUUCAGUAAAUUCAGUAACCAUCCUAAUACAAUUGAACACAAACUGCAGGUUACAAGUGUUCUGUGAAAUUGUUAUUAUUUAAUUCAUGCACACAACUAUAGGCAAAUGUCCACAUUUGUGGACAAUAAAUAUUAGCAUUACACUCAGUUGAGAAAUAUUGAAAACCACAGACAUCUGGGCACUUGAGCCACUCUCCCUAGAAAUAUUAGGAAACACAACACAACUAUUACCGGUGACCUUUGUGCUUAGCGAUAUUGACUAUUGACUCUGCAAAGGAAACACCCAGACCGUCCAGCAACCAAGCGGUCAAUCAGGUUGUCAACCAGUCUCUGUCCCACAUAACCAGCUCCAUCAUUUAUGCCCAGAGACUCAUCAGCAGCGGCCCCGACCUCUUCGAGAACAACCCCGAUGACACCAUUUGACCCCUGGCCUCCAGGACACCUCAGUUUGACGACAGGUUGUUCUGUGCCGUGCACCUGUGAGCUCGUGGAUGUCAGUGACUCUGGUGCUGGCACAGGAGUCAUUCCCCCCUGAGAGACACAGAAGGCUUUGAAAAGAGACAGCACUUAAAAGUAAUCUGAUGAUAUUAUGCAGACUUCUGUUUGAAUUGACCCUGAUUGCUCGUAGCUCUACUGUGGAGAUGGCCUUUGAAACAUUCAUCAUUUCAUGUGAAACUACAUUUAAACAGCACAGCAAAGAGAGGAUUUGUACUGAGAACACACUUACUGUAAAAGUUAUUUGGAGAUACAAUGCAGACUCCUUUUCGAGGUUGCCUUGCUCCUCUUGAGCGCAUACUGAGGUGACGGCCUUUUUGUGAACAUUCCUAAUUUCGACAUCUUUUUUGAGUAUAGCUCUAUGACUGUCAGAAGGGUUUUGACUUAUUCUGCUGUUCAAAUUCACACGAACCUCAGGGCUAGCCGUGCCAGGCGGACAUUUUGUAAACGGAGGUGAAGUGUUAGAAGAUCAAGGGGUUCUCGCUGAAGAUGUCUUCAGAAAGGGCGCUGCGUCCGUUGUUGUUUUUCUUCCUGAACGAUUAUGGCUUCAGUUUGGAGUUUCAGGCGAUCUUGGAUCUGUUCAGAGGGAAACUUUGGUCCAGAGGUGGAAACCAGAUUGAUUUUGCCUCAAGUGGAAAGUUGCACAAUCUUCCCCCAGAUUGUCAUGCCACAGGUUAGUUUUGGGCUGGAGAUGCGGGUUAAAGACUUAAAUCAUUUGGGAUUGGAUGAUGUCUGACAGAUUUGGGUGAAUUAGCUAGGAGUGUUGCAAGUCAACAACACCUUGACAAACAUGUAGAUAAACACUGAACGGCUAGCUGGAUGUGCUUGCAUGCGCCAUCGUGCAUUCUCUGCAAAACAAGCAAUCAUAUGAUCCGCUCUCAGGUUGGCUGAUCCUAAUACGCUACUCUCUGCACCCAGCGUGCCUGGAGAUUUGAAGCGACCGUCAGGCUAAAGAUAGUUUGUAGAGAUCAGGUGUUCGGUAUCUUUUAGAGUUGAGCAUGAUGAGUAGAUUUGAUUAGAAUAGUUGAGAUAAGACACACUUUGUAAGACGUGGGUUUUCACCUUCAUUUCUAUGGUUUGCUCACGAUUGACUUUGGAUCAGGGUGGGCUCCAGGGGGGGGGGGGGGGGGGCAUUGGGGGGCAAUACCCCCCCAAAUAAAAUGCUGUGUCAAAAAAUAAUGUAUGGCAUUUAUCAAGAUGGCUACACUUUCCUGCAGAAUAUGCAGGUCUGCUCUUAUUUUGACUCUCAUACAUGCUUUGUAAAUGCGUGUCCCCCUUGUGAAAAAAAAUGCCCCCCCCAUUGAAUUUGUUCUAGAGCCGAGUCUGCUUUGGAUAUCCUGCUGUUAUUUGUUUGUCAGCAAGCCGGGUAGUGACUGAGCGGUGAUGCGUGUCGUCAUGCACUUCCACUUCGAGGUUCAACUGAGAUUUGUAGACUUCUUCACUGAGAGAUGUUUGUAUUUGUGCUUCUUUUCUUAGUAGUAUAAGAUAUUGUUGUUCCAUUUACACAUUUGUGAAUUUUCUUGAUACAAAUGUAGGCUUUGCUGUCUCGUGUUUUGGAAUGGAAUUUGAUUGUCGUAUUAGAACACUUUAUUCAGGGAGGGCAAAUUUAUCAAAGCUUUAAAUGAUGUACGUGCCUUUGAUUGUACCUUUAAUAAUGUAAUUGUUUGUACAUGAUAAUAAUACGACUGCACAAGUACAGAAUGUGGGUUUGCAUGAAUACCAAAAACAAAGUGCCCAAUUAUUCUACAAACCCAUUAGCUAAUUUAUUCAGCGAAAAACAAUCAGCUCACAAAGGUGACAGAAAUUAAAACAGCUCUCUUUCAACUCUUCUAUAAACUAUUCAGUUAAUCAGCAUUUAUUAUUGUUUAUGGCAAUCAAAUUGCAUAUACAAUGUGAAAUUACAAAACUUCAUAACAGGAUAUGUUGUGUCCUCUAACUUAUGGAAAAGUUCUUCAAAGCACAGUGGCUUUUUCUAAGAGUAAAACCACGCAAAGCAUGACCCCUUUUCAGAUGAGUGAAGUGCUGGUAGUUAUUUAGCAGCACCGAACCAGACUUUUGUUCCUUUAGAUGAGCUGUGACUCAGUAUGAAGUGUGUUUUGGUUUAUCUCUCUGCUUGCUUAUACUUCCACAAAGACGUUUUGUGAUGUCUUGUACAUACUGUAGGGUUGUUGCGUUCUGGCUACACCAAGUGUAGCAAAAGUUUGGGACUUUAUUUAUUUGAUGUUUUGUACAUCCAUGUUAAUAGCGAGGGACAUGGAGAAUAUUUGAUUUGUAGCACAAGCAUGGUUUAAUAUCUGUCAUUAAUAAUAUGUAAAUUUGCACUACGGCUCAUUUGAUUGUGAGGCAACUUGAGACGCUUUUGAUUUGAAUCACUUAUUUAUGUCAUAAAGUUAAUUUUGGUUAGAAUCAACAUUUGGGUCAAUUUAUCCAAUUCAAUUAGGGAAAUAACACGUUCUGACCCGAUGGGCACAUUUUCUCCGCGUUAAAUAAUUCAUUUCAAUAAUAUAGAAGGGUCAAUUACUUUAAUCAGGAUUUGAAUUGCAUGAGUCUAAUUCUGUGUUACAACUACCCUUCCUCCUGCUAUACAAAGAUAUACCUCAUUUCAAUUUAACACCAUGAACUGACCAGCAGGCCACAGUGUGGUAGACUUCAACAACUGCCUGAGAGGGCCCCCAUGGAUUAAAGAAAAAUGGACACAAAAAAAACAAACAAAAGCAAGUUUCUGUAAUUCAUCUAGUCUGUGUCUGGAAUAUUUUGUAAGUACAACCAAAAAGUAGAUAAUAGAACAGGGAAUUAUUUAUGGCCACAUUUCCAAUGUAUGUCACCCCUAAAGAAAACACGACCUAAAGCAUAGAAAACGAACACAAUUGUUGCACACAAUGUCCUCUUGAACGAUUCAGAUAUGAUUCCUGCAUGUAAUAACGUAUCAUUUUAGACUCCUAACAUAUCCAAAACACAAACGUUUUUUUUUUUUUAUUGAAGAAUAUGACAGCUCGUCAUUGCUCAUCUACAGGUAGCCUAUUUGUAGACCUGAGGCUGGUUCCUUUUUAAUUUAAUUAGAAUUAAAACAUACAUCGUUUUGGUAAAUAGUUAAUGAAAGUAUUGGGUUUCAUUGCAUGCUAGUCUCACAUUACUUUUUGGACUUCCUCCAUUUACCAACAAAACACUGCAUGUUUGUUUUCAAGGAUGCGUUUGCUAUGUUUUUACUCUUUGACAGUAUGACUUAUUAGAAUAAAAUACGAAUAAAACAAAUACAAUAUUUGUUUACA